AACAAAGACGAUGGCGACGGACGCGAGUCUGGAGGAGCUGGAGACGCGCCUCGUGACGUUCACGGAGCAGCUGCAGAACAUCCACGAGCUGCUGCAGAGCGACCCGACGAAUGCCGAGUUCCUGAGCAUCGCCAAGGACCUCGUGGAGGUCAUCCAGCUCACCAAGGAGACGAUCGAUCUCAAGGUGAAUGCUGCGUCGUCCACCCAAGAUGCAGCGCCCCAAGAGCCCAAGAAGCAGCAGCAGCAGACGACGCCAACGCUCGACCUGAAGUUCUCCCCGGGCUGUGUAGUUGAAGCACAGCAGCAGGGGGUCUGGUACCCGGCGCACGUGGAGUCCGUGACGAGCGACGGCAGCUACAACGUCAAGUUCCUGGGCUUCGGCACGUCUGCGGAGCUCCAGGACGAUGCUCUGCGAGAUAUCGAGGUGGAUGCUGAAGAUGCUGCUAAGCUGCUGCCUAAAGAGGCUAUUGCCGAGGGAUUCAAGUGCCGGGCCAAGUACUACGCAGACGCAGUGGUGUACCCGUGCUCGGUGACCAAAGUCACGGCCCUGGGCUUCCAGGUGCUGUUCGACGGCUACGGCAACUCGGAGGAGGUGCCGUACGAGUAUUUGAAGCCUGCAGCAGCUGCCGCGGCGGCGCAGGAUCAGGUAGUCAGUGUUGCUGCAGCCGCCUCUCACUCUACUAACGCAGCCGAUGCUACUGCCACGCAUACUGCCGCAGCACCGGCGGCGGCGGCCCUGGCCCCUGCGGUCAUCGCCAAGCCCAUUAAGAUCCCGGAGAACCUGCAGAUUCUGCCCACAGACUCCGAGGCCGAGAAGGAGCGUAAGCGCAAACGCGUGCGUGCGAUCAAGAGCCUGAACAGACACAAGAACAUCGACAACGAGCGCAACAUCAAGCAGCACGACUGGAAGGCCUUCCAGCACAAGGCCAAGAAGAAAGGUUUGAAGAAAGGUGUCAGCGGAGUGCUGUCUAAGCGCGGUUCCAGUAUGUUUGCGUCGCCAGACACAGUGCAGGGUCGCGUGGGCGUGAUCGGUAGUGGUCAGGGCAUGACGACUUUCCAGGAUGCGCGGAACAAGAAGCCCAAGCACGCCUAG